AUGGCAGGCCAAGGCCCCAUCACCACUCCCCUUACGACCCUCCUAGGGAUCCAACACCCGAUUCUCCUCGCGGGAAUGGCACGCACCAGUGGCGGCCCCCUCGCAGCUGCAGUAUCAAACGCUGGAGGCCUGGGCUGUAUCGGUGGCCUGGGCUACACGCCUUCCCAACUACGAGAGAUAAUCCACUCCCUAAAAGCCUCCCUAUCCUCUCCCAAUCUCCCGUUUGGUGUUGAUCUCGCGCUCCCAAAGGUCGGCGAGGGCGCGCGGAAGACGAACCACGAUUACACGCACGGCCACUUGGACGAGCUUAUCACGGUCACCAUCGAGGAGGGCGCAAAGCUAUUCAUUAGCGCUGUGGGUAUCCCGCCUAAACAUGUUAUUGAGAGAUUGCAUGAUGCGGGAAUUCUGAUUAUGAAUAUGGUGGGACAUCCCAAACAUGCGAAGAAGGCGCUAGAUGCGGGCGUCGAUAUUGUGUGUGCCCAAGGAGGAGAGGGAGGUGGCCACACAGGGGAUAUCCCGAACUCGAUAUUGAUUCCUUCCGUGGUUGAUGUCGCCAGGGGUUACCGGCCAAAGAUGUUGGGUGGACAGACGGCGAUGGUUGUUGCUGCUGGGGGAAUAUAUAAUGGGAGGAGUUUGGCGAGCAGUUUGAUGCAGGGAGCAGCUGGUGUGUGGGUUGGGACGAGGUUCGUGGCUUGUACCGAGGCCGGGUGCAGUCAACAACAUAAAGAAAGUGUGGUCAGUGCUACAUUUGAGGAUACCACGAGGACCUUGGUGCUCAGUGGCCGGCCACUAAGGUGCAGGAGAAAUGAAUGGGUUGAUAAAUGGGAAGCACAGCCUGAGAAAAUCAAGGAGUUGACAGAGAAGGGGGUGGUGCCAAUUAAUUACGACCUGGAGAACGGAGAGGAUGUUGAUAUUCCCCAUUUGAUGGGUGUUGUGGCGGGUGUUGUUCAAGACAUCAAGCCGGCCAGGGAGAUUGUCGAUGAGAUGGUAGGAGAAGCUGUGGAUAUGUUGAAGCAGGCUCAAACUUUCUUGGGAGGGGAAAAGAGUAGACUAUGA